ACCUCUCUCAGUGUUUUGACCUGUAUUAAACAGAAUAAACACUUUACUUCUUGGCAUCUGAAGACUUGGCUCCUGGAUUCCUUUGAUGAUUCUGUGGUGAAGGAGGCUAACAACAAGGACGAGACUCAGAUCCCGCUCGACAAGCGUGACAUCCAGGUGGGCGACCAGGUGUUCAUAAGAGUGUUCAGACGGCACUGGAACGAGCCACGUAGAGACGGACCGUUCACAGUUGUUCUUGCCACUCCGACUGCUCUAAAAGUCGAAGGUAAGCCCUACUGGUUCCAUCGUAAUCACUGCGCUCCCCAUCGUCCGCUUGAGCCACCUGGUCAUCACCCUGACCAGCUUGCUCUAACUACGCCACCGUUGCAUGCUGAAGGGGCAGCACACAGCGCCCCCAGCCGCUCACGUUCUUGCUCACCUGCAGUGAGUGGUGCGCCCUCCUCGCCACAAGGGCAGCGAAGGUCUGCACGACUGCUGGCACGCUGUCCCCAAAAAGGGUAUAAACACCCCACUCGCAUUGGUUAUGUCUCCCCAACCACUACAGACACUGAUGGUGCAGUUGUUUCUCCAGCUUCUCCAGAGACUGACAGUCCUGCUGUGGACUCCCCAUUCUCCUCUCAAAGCAGCUCUGAUGGAGCGGGAUUCCCUCCUUCCUUCCCUCGAGCGGGCCCCAGUGGACAGCUGCCCUCCGGGGCUGCCCCCUCCGUGCCUGACUCUUCCCCUUCUUCGCUUGCAUUCUGUGCUAACUACUCUCAUCUGAGGGUCAGCGUGUCUGGCUGGACUCAGACUCUGACUAAUCUCUUUUUCCUCUGGGUGCUAACCCUUGGUGGGUUCGCAAGGGGGGAGCUACUGUUGACUGUCCCUGAGGACAGUGGACACUCAUCAAACUCACUACAAACAUGUGCUAUGGCAAUGACUACUCUAGUGACUAACUCAAAGGGUGUAGAAUGGAAUGAUCAAAGGUUAAUUGUGAAUUAUGUGAAGAUUAAUGCUUAUGACCAUGCUUUAAUAACUGUUUUUGUUGAUUCUGAACCAGUAAGUGAGCACUGGAUAGGUUACCCAAGAGCUAAAGAAUGCCAUGGAGAGGGGAUGGUGACUAUAAUGGUAAGGUGUACAUAUACCACAUGUCACAGACCAGGACAAAAGAUGCCACUAGAAGAGGCCAAAAGAAAAGUGCAAUUGAAUGAUGGUAACCGUCACAAGAGAGAUUUGGAAAAACUAAAAACUGCUAAAUGGGACACAAAUAUGUUUGCGCAGUGGUUGAAAUUUUCAGCACAAACAAUGUAUAUAGCUAAAGGAUUAACACGACAGAACUGUAUAGUCUGUUACAAUGCCAGAAGGAUCCCUCAAUUCAAAAUAUUGCCAGGGAGCAAAAUAGGUGAUUGUUUGGAUCCAGACAGGUGUUUUGCUAAUUGCGCUAUGCACAUGGCAAGUGAGUACAACUGGCGUUGGUCUGGAGAUCAUAGUAUCUGCCCACAAUACAUUACAAAUAAUGAAUAUGAUGUAUCAAGUGUAUUGCCUCCAGUGGUGCAACAGUUUGAUGAUAUGGUUUUUCCAUUCUGUAUAGCGAAAGGGGCAGAGUUGGAGGCCGUCACAAAAAGAACAACAACCAGCAUGUGGGACUCGGCAGGGUUGGUGCAGUGCUACAGCCACUCCUACAGCAUUUCCACAACGUAUGGUUCAGCGGCUGCAGCAGUUAAAAUAUGUAAGUCAGGAACCAAUUCCCGCUUAAGGUGUGCUCAGGUCGUACCAAAUGGGGAAUGUAUAAUUUAUCAACUGAAUAGAACUUUUGUGCAGGAAUACUGUAUACCUAAAUUGGAUGGCACUGUCCCACUAGGUGAUAUCUAUUGGACAUGUAAUCAGAAUGAUACAUUGUUAACACAAUUGCCAUCGGGAUGGGAAGGAAUAUGUGCACCCCUAAUGCUUACGGGACAGUUGUCAAUAAUAGCCCAGAGGCCUAACCGUUUACAGGAAGCAGAACCCCUCCCUACACCAAGAAGCACCAAAAGACCAGGAAGAAGUAGGUCUCAAAUGCAAAAUAGGAAUAGAACAGGAAGCAGAAAUAGCACACCAGAGCCAAACAAAAGAAACACAAAAAGGAGAACCACGAGAAGUAUUAAAUUGGAUGGAUGGGAUUGGAGAAAUUCGGGAGAGGUAUACAUUAGUUGGGACCAAGUUCCAUAUGGGGUACCAUAUGAGCAUGCAGCAGUGCACCCGGGAUGGAUAGAAUCAGGACGAGUUGCAGGAUCAGUUCCUAUGUAUGGACAGGCAGUUAAUGCCCAAUAUGUAGCUAGAAAUAGCCGGUGGAUAAAUCUUCUUUGGUAUAAUCAACAGAGGUUUAUUAAUUAUACUAUAAAGGGUCUGUCCUUAGUACGAGAACAAUUGCAUGCUACAUCAAAAAUGGCUCUUCAAAACAGGUUUGUCUUAGAGUCUUUAAUGGCACCACACCAAGGAGUUUGUGAGGAAAUAGGAGAAGAGUGCUGCACUGAAAUACCGCUGCAUACAGCAGCUGAUGGUAACACGAGUUCUGAAUGAAAUGCGUAGAAUGAGAGACGAGCAUGUUCUAAAUUCUAAUUGGAAUACUCAGGUGAAGAGUUUUUGGGACUGGUUGUCCAAAGGGGGGUGGCUUAGCACUCUAAAAAUGAUUGGAAUAGUAAUUGGAGUGUUUUGCCUGAUCGUGGUAAUUUUGAUUUGUUGCAUUGUACCAAUACUACGCCUCAUGGUGUCUACGGUGUUUAAAAAGAUCUCAGGACAAUUCCCAUUAGUGCAGGUGCAGUAUACAGAACAAGAUAACACAAUAUCAGCAUAUGAUGCUGAAACAACAUGUGACGAUGACCACGAAGCUGACAUGGUAUCUAGGGUGGAGUAUGAAGACAUGUCGCUGUAUGAGGAAAUGGGAAUUCCACCACCAGAGGUGUUGCCCAACCUACUGUAAAUGGAGGAAGCCCAUUACUCCGGCUGGCAGAAGCCUCCAGCAUCAGCCUAUUGGGCCGGGCCAGCCCUUAGGGAGCCAGAAGCAGCAUGGAUGCCAGGCAUGGUGCCCCCUGCCCCUGUCCUCUUUCGUCCUUAUCUUUCCCCAGGUCGAGCUCAGGGUGGCAGUUCGACGGCGAGAGCAGAGGAGCCACAGGCCUCGGGGAGCUCUCGGAUCCUUCACACCCUGCUCACAGCGCCCAGACCAGAGAUACGACCUGCAGAGCCAGGGCCGAGUGGAGAAGUGUACAGAGCAGAGGCGAGGCAUGCGGGACCUACGACUCCGGAUGAUCCAAGGGCGAGAUCACCUGUGCCUUCCCCAGAUUCAGAGGAAGAGGAGUAUGUGCCAACAUCACCAGGACGAGGGUGGCCCAAUGAAGUGGCUCCAUCUACCAGGCGACAGGUUAAGAGGCGGGCUCUGCCGCCACCAGCUGUCACCUACAGUGCCUCAGACAGAGCUCACCUGUUUGAGUGCCUACGACGUCCCAUUGAGCAUUUUACUUACAACGAACUCUGCGAGGAGGUCGCAAACAUGACCAGAGAUGUUUUUAGUAUCCUGCAAAGAGGUUUGACACCUAAGGCUAAACGCCAAUUCUCUGUUAUCAGGAAGCGCGAGAGUAGUCGCCUUUACAGAAGCCUGCAACAGAUUGAUCGACUGACACUGGAUCGUUUGCACCGUCGAAACGCUGAACUGGAGGCUCAGGUUGAUGAUCAGCAACACCAAAUUGUCACAUUGCAGCGCACACUAGACGACACCGUGCACAAAUACAAUGCACUGAACCAGUUCUGCAACUCGCGUUUGCAGAGUCAAUCAAAAACAAUUGCAGCUAUGGAAGAAAUGAUAGGAAAUCAAUCUGGGAAGCUGUUGCCAAUGCUGGUGGAAGGAAGGGUGCUACAGCUGAGAGCGGUCUCUCAGGCUCAGCAACCCCCAAAUGCUCAAGGUCCCCCUCCUCAGUCUAGACACCCAUGAAACUAUUGUCAACAAAAUAAGAGAUUAAUGUAUACUGAAGAUUCUGUAAUGAUGCUUGUAUAUUGCUCAGUUGUCGACAUAUUGCCAUGUUAGAAUACAAAACACAAAGCCUGUGUUAAUGAUUGGGGAUGAUUGAAGAGGAGAAAUAUUACUUUAUAAAGUACACUAUGCAUUAAGUUGUACACUGUGGACAUAGGUCCCAUGAUGUAGUCCGGCCAUAAGGUCUGUGCAUGACUUGGUUAGGGGAUUUGCGAUUUUUCUCAAAUAGCUGGAUGAGUUCAAUUUUAUGUCUGUAGCGGGACAUGGCGAAUGGCCACCCCAUAACAGGGCAGAAAAAACCUACUAUAAAAAUACAGAAAGGGGUGACCUCAUAAGUGUACCAGGGACUGGUGUGGCAGGCUUGUCUCUUGAACGUAUUGCAUGUAUGUUGCAUGUGUGAUUAUAUGGUUAUGCAUUACAUGACUGACAUAAUCACUGAUAGUUUUAAGACUAAUAUAAGACAAGUAUAACCAUCACUGAUUUUGUUCACAUGAAUGUUUGAUGUAUUUUUUUUUUGUAAGGAGGUUUAAAUUAGGCUUUAGCAGAUAAAUUCUAUAUGCCUAUGUUUGUGUCACUGACAUUUUAGACAUAAAUGAUAAUCUUACCCCAUGUAAACGAAACAUUUAGAAUUAAAUAGUGACACCUACUCAUGGCAGUACUCACUAAUGUAGAGUUAGUUUAUGUUUUGUGUUUUAUUCACAGAUAAUUGGACUUCCAUCUGCUACAAAUUUUCUCCUGUCUGGCCAAUCAGCAUGUCACAAAGAGAUAGACACCGUCUAAUAUCCCAUGACCGUCGCAUUCUUCGUUCAGUAUUUCGCCUUAAUCCUGAUCACCCAACACCCAUUUAUCUUCUCCGUGUUGUUUGUCAGCACGUGAUGGUGAUUGAUUCCUGUGUUUCUCGUCAUGGUUAUUGGGGCGCUUACAGUGAACAUUAUUCCAUACAUAUAGGAUUGCUUUGUGUUGCUAAAUUCUGGGAAGGAACAGGUUGCUCAUGCAACAUAAAAACCCACUUUCCAUGUAUAGCCAAACAUUGCACAGAAACUAUAUCACUCCAGGCUCAUACCUUCCCUCCACCACACACCUACACCUUGUUUUCGUCAGACAUUCAAUUUGAUCUGCCUAACCUCCACACUUACUAGAUGUGUUUGCACUAUAUUCAUUCACUACUACUGACAUAGUUAGUCACUGGAGCACUAUAUACGUAUUACAUUUUAUUCACUGGAUUUUAAUUUGAUGUGUUGUUUUAGUUUGAUUAGCAUUUAGUUAUCACAGUAUAGGGGUAAUGACAAUGUGCACUCAAAUGUGAUGAUAUAACAGAGUUAUGGUGUAGCAUUUGGGUUGUAUAGGCAUUUUCUCUGCUAUACUGUGCAAUUCACAUGAUUAUUGUGUGCUACAUAUACUCAUUUGACAGUUACACCACGUAUAGUUAGCUUGUGUUUUUUGUUUUGCUUCACGUGUCGCAUGACGAGGCACUUUACCUCUCGACACCAUUGAAAGUACAGUCUCAUAAAACACUUGAUGCCAAGAGUAAUCAUGUCUGAGAGGAUGUUUCCCUGGUCAUGUCUCACGUGUUGCUAGGAAGCCGGACAAAGACGAUCACUGAAUCCUCAGGAUGGGAUAGUCCCGGGGGGAUUCUGACAGAGCAAGUAUUUAGGAUCUAGUAUCUUUACUCUGUUGCCCAGUUGCUCCGGUAACUGAGCCUCUGUCAAUCAAGUGACCCUCAUUGUCUGGGAUAGGUAAGGUAUGUCCCCGAGAAUGUGAUUACAGCUUGUUAAUAUAUGUGGCUCUCUUAAGAGCCACAAGGGGGGACUGUUGUGGAAAAAUUAAUCCACUGCUGUAAUAAAUCUAUGUCUGUGUGUGUAUCUGAGUGCAGGCCCUUUGCCCUCUGACUGAAAUGGUUUACAGAUAGCCUGUAGGUUGUUUCCUCUAGGAUAACUAGGAUCUAGGAUCAACAAAAUCAUUGUUUGGAGAUAAGGGUGCAGGUGUUCGUGUGAGAAAAUUUGGGGGAGGCUGCCUCCCAUGGGGAAAAGUGCCGGCCGCCCACGAGUUUCCAAUUAAAAUUAUUAGGGAGUAAAGAUUCGCUCUUUCCUUAAAUUAUGCAAUACUGGCAGCUGGCAGUGGCAAAAAGAGGGAUGGGUUAAGGGCGUGAACUGACCUCUGCUCAGAGGGUUUAAAGGGUUCAGUUGUCAGACAGUAAGUUCAGAGGGCUUCCGGAACCUCUCUCAGUGUUUUGACCUGUAUUAAACAGAAUAAACACUUUACUUCUUGGCAUCUGAA